GAGAAAGAAAGGAGAGAGAAAAAGAGGGGAAAUGAUAGAGAGAUUUUCCAGGAAAACUCAAACCUAUACAUACAUAUUUCUACCAAUAUCUCACCCUUCAACGUCCACGCUUCUCGCUGUGGAUACCCAUGUCGAUCCAGUUAUUAAUUAUACCAUUUUCAUUCAAUCUGAAAAGCAAAUAGAAUCCAUCAACCCCUUUUGUCUCACGCAUGCUCAUAAACCCCCAAAAUACCCAGAAAACUAUCAACAAAGAAAACAAACACCCAAAACCACCCUCAAAACCGCCUUGUUAACACCCUCUUCAAUCCCAAACCACCCUUAAAACAGCCUACCCAAUCCCCAGCACAGCCAAAACGUCCUUUAUAGAUUUUUUUUUUUGUUUGUCUACACUUCUUUUUUUUCUGGGGAAUUUUCUUGGCAACCAAUCAAAGGUGGUGUUUCAUCCUUUUCUGUGAAAGGUAAAGGAUGUUUGCUAAUCUAAGCCGGUUGUGUUUGCUUCUGGGUAAUUUUCUAUGCUGCCAAACAUAGGUGGUGUCUCAUCCUUUUCUGUUAAGGGAGGGUGGUUGCUAACGUGAGCCGGGGUGUGUGUGCAGAAAAAGUUUGAAAUUCGAAAGGCUUAUUAGAGGAGGAGGAGGAGGUGGUGUGUGUAGGGUGUUUGUCAUUUUCAAUCGUGGCCUUACACGUGGAGCGUGAAGAUGGGAGAAGAGUCCAUGGUGGUGGGGCCCAAUAGCACGAGGUGGGGCACGUGGGAGGAGCUAAUCCUAGGUGGCGCUGUUUUGAGGCACGGUACCCAAGACUGGAACGUCGUCGCUUUAGAGCUUCAAGCCCGGACCAUAUACAUUUUCACCCCAGAGGCCUGCAAAGCGAAGUAUGAACAGUUGCAAAAGCAUUAUUCUGGAUGCUCUGUUUGGUUUGAAGAGCUACGAAAGCGACGAGUGGCAGAGUUGAAGCGGGAUUUGGAGAAAUCUGAAGACUCCAUUGGGUCUCUUAAAUCAAAGCUUGAAAGUCUUAAGACUGAGAGAGAGCAUUAUGAUCAGGUUGAAUAUGGAUCGAGUCAAACAGAAUCACCUGUACCUAUACUAAAAUCUGAGGGCAUUGAAUUUUGGGUUAAAGAGACAUCCAAAGAUGGACUAUCUGCUGGCAGCUUCACACAAGAUGCCCAGACGAACUGGUCACUUGUAUGUCAGAUUCCACCAGUAGAAUCAAAUGCAGAGAUGGAGAGAAAGCCUGAGUUUUCUGGAUCUUGUGAACAUGAGAAUCUUUUAUGCAUAAAGAAGCCGGGGGAGGCUAAUAAUGAACAAGAAGGGCCUGUCCGGAAGAGGAGAGGUAAAAGAAAAAGGAAGGACUGUAAGAGGGCUGCCAAAGAAGGGAGCAUUGGAGAGAGCGACAAUGUGGGUUCAACCAAUGUUGCUUCCACUUCACAAUGCAAGGAAAUUUCAGUUAGUGACUGUGGUCGAACUAUCAGAUCUUCUGGUCUAGACAGUGACAACAAAGAUUCGUAUGGGGUAAGAAGUGACGAUUUGUUGGGGAUUUUCUACUCUGUUGCUGUGAAUGACAAUGCCUUAGUAUUUCGACAUAAGCUCGAUAGUCAGAAGAGGGCAAGAUACAGGAAGAUCAUCAAGCAGCACAUGGAUUUUGACACAAUAAGAUCAAGAAUUGCAAGUGGCUCCAUCAAAUCAGCUGGAGAACUCUUCCGAGACUUGCUCUUGCUUGCCAACAAUGCCCUGGUCUUCUACUCAAAAAGAACACGCGAAUACAAAACUGCACUGGCCCUCAGAGACAUUUUCAUGAAAGCUAAUCAGAAACGCUGCAAGGACACUGGCAACAAGGCUUCCUCUUCCAUCCUAUAUAUGUCACCAUUGUGUAAUCCUCCUGUGAAACCUCGGAGUUUUCGCCCUCACCCUUGUAAACGGACAUUGUCAGCAAAGUUUCCAAAUGCUGAGAAUGUCACAACUGAAGCUCCACAAGGAUAUCAAAAACCAGUUAAUGAUGAUUCCAAUCUCUUACUGCAGUCCUUGGUGAUGGUAAAGAAAGGCUUGGGUCGGCCCAUGAAGAUUGGACAUGGAAUAGCUAAUCGACAUAAAAAUCCAAUGAAGGACAGAAAAAGAGUUCGACAAAGGUGAAUUGUGUCUAUUAAUUUCCUUCCAUUUAGGUUCCACAUUUGGUAUUGUGCCCUUCAUAUGAUCUUUUGUGUGUACAAAGUCUCUUUUCUGGGUGGUACCAACUGCAUGAUCUCAUUGUGAUGGUCAAAUGAGCUGGGCUGUGGUUUUUAAUAUUCAAACAGAAAUCAUGAAAAAGCUCACAAUUAUGCAGAUAUCUGGAACUGUUCAUUGUUGAGAUUGUAAUCUCUUUUUUUCUUGUAGGUUUGUUAAUUCUAGACACGACAUUGGAAGCUAAU